CCCCUUUUUAGCUUUUUAUUGUAAAGAUAUAGUUGGUUAGGAAAGACUGCAUGGCACGAAAGGCCUUUUAAAAGGUUGUGUCUUUAGUAAGUGAUGGCUGCCUGUCGUGUGUUGUACGUAGGCAUUCUUGUUGGUUGAAAAUAUGACAGGUGUGAAGAUGCUAACCUGUUUUGUAAGAUGCUUUUUUUAUUUGUUUGUUUGGGUUUUUUGGUACCGGGAUUGAACUCGGGACCUUGCGUUGGCAAGGCAGGCACCAGAACCACUGAGCUAAAUCCCCGGUCCUAAGAUGCUUUUUUUUAGAAAACAAAAAAUGCUUCGUAUGGCAUAAAACCACUUUUCUUAAUCUAAAAUAUACAGGUAUACUUCAGCAUGGGAAAAAGUGUGAUAUACAAAUGCCAAAACGUUAGCAGAGGUUCUGUGUGAAUGGAUUUUUGGUGAUUUCAUUAAAAUUUUUAUGAUUCUCAUGCAGAACACCUUAUAUGUGUAUACUUUGUAUUUAAGGGCGGAGGGGGAAGGGUUGCAUGCCAUUCAAGAAUCUUUAUGAUAAGAUACUAGUGAGCAAAUGCUCAUGACUUACAGGCCCUUUGUACACAUAACUGCACUGAAGAAAGCUGGGUUUUAAUCAAGGCCCAUAAAAAUACUUGCUGAAAUAAGAAUGGCUAGUAUUGUAGGUCCUGAAUGGCCAUUUACCACCAUGCUGAAAGGAGACCUAAUAAGCCUUUGUCCAAAGUAAGAGUCAGACCCCUUUGCUGAUUAAAAUGACUGUCUUUCAUUUGAAAUUCUGAAUCCAGGCCAGCUUGCACCAUCGAUUUUAAUGCUUGAUUUCCUUUUCUCACUUUUUUAUACAAAUUCUAAGAAACUUGAAAUAGAUUCCCCAAUAACAAGAGAUUACCUUAAUGUAUUUUGCUAAUGAUUUUUAGUGUGCUGCCUAAUAUUCUUUGCUUAUAUAGAACAUAAAGUCUGAAGCCUUUGCCUAUAAAUUUCAGAAUAAGCCUUGGAGUUUUAGUUUAUUACAGAAAGGUGAAAGCAGCUUUAUAAAAUGAAUAUUGAGUGCACAUGAUUGAGAGGAUAAAGAAUGCUGUUUAUGUUGAGUGAGGCAUUUUAUAUGUUGGUAUUGUUUCUGUAAAUGUCAUGGUUGUCAGGUUUUUUUUUUAGGUGAUUACCUUCCGUUCUUUCCAGUUGGUGAUUAAGAACUGGAAACAAGGGGCAGCUUGCUAGUGGCAGUGCUUAGCAGUGAAGAUUUGCUCAUGUGUAGUUAUCCAGUGCCCAGGAAUCAGAAGACAUGUAUUGUAGUCCCUGGUUCUGCCACUUCUCGGUUGACUUGACCUGCCCUGACACUGUGUCCUCAUCAGUAAAAAUGAGGCAUUUUUUACCAUCUGUGGAAGCUUCCCUAUAAUUCAUUUUUUCUCACUGCAAUAUUAAUUAUAUCAAAUUGAAAAGAUAUGAAUGAAUAUCCUAAAAAAAGAAAGAGGAAGACUUUACACCCUUCUCGUUAUUCAGAUUCCUCUGGAAUAAGCAGAAUUGCAGAUGGAUUCAGUGGCAUUUUUUCUGAUCAUUGUUACAGUGUCUGUUCUAUGAGACAGCCAGACUUAAAAUAUUUUGACAAUAAAGAUGAUGAUUCGGAUACUGAAAUAUCAAAUGACCUACCAAAAUUUGCAGAAGGAAUCAAGGCCAGAAACAGAAAUCAUAACUACCUGGUUCCCAGUCCUGUACUUAGAAUUCUAGACCACACUUCCUUUUCUUCAGAAAAAUCUGCUGAUGUUGAAAUUUGUGAUGAAGAGUGUGACUCACCUGAAUCAGUCAACCAGCAAACUCACGAGGAGAAUCCUAUAGAAGUCCACACUGCCGAAGAUGUUCCAAUUGCUGUAGAGGUACAUGCAAUUUCGGAGGAUUAUGAUAUAGAGACAGAAAACAAUUCCUCAGAAAGCCUCCAAGACCAAACUGAUGAAGAGCCACCCACUAAACUUUGUAAGAUUCUUGACAAAAGCCAAGCUUUGAAUGUAACUGCCCAGCAGAAAUGGCCUUUACUGAGAGCUAAUAGCAGUGGCCUCUAUAAAUGUGAACUUUGUGAAUUCAACAGUAAAUAUUUCUCUGAUUUAAAGCAGCAUAUGAUCCUAAAGCAUAAACGUACUGAUUCAAAUGUGUGCCGAGUAUGCAAGGAAAGUUUCUCUACCAACAUGCUUCUGAUUGAACAUGCCAAACUACAUGAAGAGGAUCCCUACAUUUGUAAAUACUGUGACUAUAAGACAGUCAUUUUUGAGAACCUCAGCCAGCACAUUGCAGACACCCACUUUAGUGAUCACCUCUACUGGUGUGAGCAGUGUGAUGUGCAGUUUUCCUCAAGCAGUGAGCUCUACCUACAUUUCCAGGAGCACAGCUGUGAUGAACAGUACUUGUGUCAAUUCUGUGAACACGAAACCAAUGAUCCAGAAGACUUGCACAGCCAUGUGGUAAAUGAGCAUGCAUGUAAAUUAAUAGAAUUAAGUGAUAAGUAUAACAAUGGACAACAUGGACAGUACAGCCUCUUAAGCAAAAUUACUUUUGACAAAUGUAAGAACUUCUUCGUAUGUCAAGUAUGUGGUUUUCGGAGCAGACUUCACACAAAUGUUAACAGGCAUGUUGCUAUUGAACAUACUAAAAUAUUUCCUCAUGUCUGUGAUGACUGUGGGAAAGGCUUUUCAAGCAUGCUAGAAUACUGCAAGCAUUUAAAUUCACAUUUAUCUGAAGGGAUUUAUUUAUGUCAGUAUUGUGAAUAUUCAACAGGACAAAUUGAAGAUCUUAAAAUUCACUUGGAUUUCAAGCAUUCGGCUGACUUACCUCAUAAAUGUAGUGACUGCUUGAUGAGGUUUGGAAAUGAAAGGGAAUUAAUAAGCCACCUGCCAGUCCAUGAGACAACUUGAUUAUUUUCUUUGUUUUUACUGACAUUAUGUAAAAUAAUAAAUUCAACUUUCUGGAGAUGUUAAAAUGGAUGAUUUUAAACACAACUUACAAGAUUUGCCUUUAACAAGUAAUAAGUUUUGUUUUUUUUUGGUUUUUUUUGGUACCGGGGAUUGAACUCGGGACCUUGUGCUUGCGAGGCAGGCGCCAGAACCACUGAGCUAAAUCCCCGGCCCAAUAAUAAGUUCUUUUAUUGUCCAUUUUUCUUGGCAUUGCUACAUUUUUCAGUAUAUAAUUAUACCUUGAUUGUAGUAUUUUUUUUUCUUUUUUUUUGGUACUGGGGGUCGAACUCGGGUCCUUGCACUUGCGAGCCAGGCAGUGGAACCCCUGAGCUAAAUCCCUGGCCCAGAUUAUAGUAUUUUCAACUGCAUGGUAGUUCAUAGUUUUAAUUACUCUUAGUAACUGUCAUCCAGUUUAUUGUCUGUGCUCCAGUUUCAUGAAUUGCAAAGAAACAGAUGUAUUAAAACAAGUUACAGGGCCAGGGAUUUAGCUCAGUGGCACCGCGCCUACCUUGUAAGCAAAAGGUCCUGAGUUCAAUCCCCAGUACAAAAAAAAACACAAGUUACACUUUUUCUUAACCAUAGCUGCUAUUAACUUUGUAAUAUUAACACAAGCUAAGUUUUAAAAAUUCAUUCAUAUUCCUACGAAUAAGAAACCAGACCUUUUGCAUUCCCAAUCAGGAAUUGCCCACUAAGCAGUAAAAAAUUCUGUAUGGUGCUGGGGAUUUAGCUUAGUGGUGCUGCUGCCUGCCUCUCAAAUGCAAGGUCCUGAGUUUGAUCCCCGAUACCAAAAAAAAAAAAUUCUGUAUCUAUGAUUCUUUUAAUAAUACAAUACUAGGAAGCCAGCAGUGUAGUAGGAAGAAAAGCUACAUUUUUGCGGGGCAGCUUUUCUUUAAUUCUUUUUUUUUUCUUUUGGGUACUGGAGUUUGAACUCGGGACCUUGCACUUGUGAGGCAGGCGCCAGAACCACUGAGCUAAAUCCCCAGCCUACUUAUUUUUGUUUUUUUAAGUCUUAUCUAUGUGUUGAAUAACUUAAGAAGGGAGGGAGGGGAAGACUGGUAAGAGAUUAGACAAUAAGAAAGAUAAGCCGUUUAUAAUUCAUUCAUAACCUAGUGACAUUUCUUCUUCAAAGUGGAACCAUGAAGCAUGCCCAAACCUCUGACAUUGAAUUAUUGACUGAGAAAACCUACAGAAGUGUUAAUAUAGAGUUGGGAUUGGGGAGAUGAGGGGUUGCAGACAUGAUAAUGUCUAAAUUGCCUCCAUUAAUGAUAAAUUAGUUUUGCCAUCUGUAUUAGUUUCCUGUGGCUGUUGUAAUAAAUUCCUACAAACUGGGAGCUUUAAAUAUAAAUGCAUUGACUCACUUCUGAAGGCCAGGCAUUCAAAGUCAAGGUGUUGUCGGAGUUGGUUCCUUUCUGAGGGCUGUAAGAGAAGUAUCUGCUCCAGACCUUUCUCCUUAGCUUGUAGAUGUCUCCCUAUUCACAUGGCAUUCUCCCUGUAUGUCUCAUCUCCAAAUUUCUUCUUUUUAUAGGGAUGUCAGUCAUCUGUACUAGGCCCUGUCUUGUCAACCUUAUUUUAACUUGAUAAAGAUCCUGUCACCAAAUAAGGCCAUAUUCUGUGGUACUUCAGUAAGUGAAAAGCUGGAUGUGGUGGCGCAUGCCUGUAAUUCCAGCACUGUAGAAGGAUCACCACCAGUUCAAAGCUAGCCUGGGAUACAUAGUGAGAUCUUGUCUCAAAAAAAAGAAAGACGGGCCCAGGAUUUAGCUCAGUGGUUUCGCCGCCUGUUGCACAAGCGCAAGGCCCCAAGUUCAAUCCCCGGUACCAAAAAAAAAAAGACUUGAGGGGAACACAGUUCAAUGCAUAGGUUUUGUAAUGGCAGUAUCAAGAAGGCAGAAUUAUGUCAUGCGUCAUGGCAUAUACCUGUAAUCCCUGCACUUGGGAAUCACUGCUAUUUCGAGGCCAUCCUGGCAGGCAUACUUCAAGCCCAGCCUGAACUUCAUGCUGAGACUGUCAACCAAAAAAAGACAAUUAUGUAUGUUUUUGUCCUCAAAUUUAACAAGUAUUGCUGAUAACUGACAAUAAUUGCCUGGGUGUAUUGAUUGAAAAAGACCAAUUUAUGACCAUGAACCAGGGGAAUUUGAGAAUGGUGACUGCAAAAAGUUCUCAAAACCUAUCAUUUUUAUUCUAUUUUAUCAUAAAUGCAUGCCUAGAAACUCACAUUCCAUUUGAUCAUACCAUUUCUGGUAGGGCUGUCCUGAUAGAAGUGCUCCUCAGAAGAUUUAAAAUUUUAGCAGUUUAGCAGCAAGUUCAAGCCCAGCCUGGGCAAUUUAGCAUAACCCUGUCUCAAAAUUAGAAAUGAAAAAGGGCCGGGGAUUUAGCUCAGUGGUUUCACCACCUGCUGCGCAAACACAAGGACCCAAGUUCGAUCCCCAGCACCAAAAAAAAGAACUGAAAAAGGCUAAGGGAGAAUCCUAGAAAUUACUUGGCCUGAACCAGGUGAGGAGGCACAUGCCUAUAAUCUUCAGCACUCGAGGCUGAGGUAGGAGGAUUACAAGUUGGAGCCUAACCUUGGGAACCUAGCAAGACCGUAUGUCUAAAAUAAAAAGCUGGAGAUCUAUUUCUGUGUGAGGACCUUGGAUUCAAUCCCAGUACCAAAAAAAAAAAACCAACCUAUCAGAUCUAAACCUUAAAGUUUUCCAGUUUUCUUGUAGGAAUAGAAAUAAGGUUGUUAGGAGACCAAGGGCACAUAACCAGUUAUAGCAUCCGAGAGCAGAAUCUAUUCUUUGGCUUACAGCCUAGUGGUGAUUUCUUUACACCAUGUUGCAUAAAUCUAACCUUUGUUCCUGGGUUGUUUUUCAUGACUUUCACCUGUCCAUUCACUUAGCUGCUGGGUUGUUUUUUUUUUGGUACCAGGGAUCAAACUCCGGACCUAGCUAAUUGAUAAUUCUGGUUUUUGUACCUUUUUGUAUAUAUCUAGGUCUAGCAAUUUGAUUUUUGAGAAGCAAACUUUAAGUGAUGCCUUGGUUUUAAAAAAAUGUAUUUUACUGCUUUACAUUUAAUUAGGUGUUAGUAAUCAAAGAUUGUAAUGAAACUACUUAAGAGAUAGAAAUCCAAGUUUUAAAACCAUAGAGUUUUGUACUUUUUAAUGAAUUUGCAGCAGAAUGCCGUAUCUCAGUUUGUGUAAUAAAACUUUUUACUGUGA